AUGGCCAGGUCAUUGCCAAAAACUAGUUUCAUCUCCAAACGUAUCAACCCAUCGACCUUCCUCAUAAUCGAAGAUGAUUCAUACGGCGAACAGCCAUACAUUUACGUGAAGUUAUAUCCCAAUCAUAUUUUCGUUACCGAUACUGGUUGCAACAGUCCACGGUCCUCGAAGCCUAGUCUCACCUCAUUACGCGAGUACAUCGAGACAAUUCCUCUCCCAGAUUACGACAACAAACCACUCAACUCGCCUGGUCCAACACAGAAACAAUACGUGAUCAUCUGCACUCACUGUCACUACGAUCACAUCCUCGGCAUCCCCCAAUUCCUCUCCGCAACACCACCACCUCUCAUCAUCGCCUCUAAAGCCGGCCAAAAUUUCAUCACCCACAACCUUCCCUCCCACUCUCUCUGCAAAUACAUUCCCAUCCCGACACCAAAAUACACUGUCACAAACUGGGUCGACUACCUCUCCACCCUUUCAAUCCCCGGUCUCAUCCAACCCUUCCGAGUCAUCUUCCUCCACACCCCAGGCCACACCCCGGACUCCCUCUCUUACUACGACAUAGACACCCAAACCCUCUAUACCGGCGACCUCUUCUACACCCGGCACCCCACCCCGCCUACCCCAUCCAUCGCCGUCCCACCCGCUACAGGCGCUAUAAUCUUCCCGGUGGACGGAAACUUCAUCACUUACAUGUCGACCCUCGACCUCCUCCUCUCUUUCAUCCGGCACCGCAACAGAAUCCUCAAAUCUCAAGCAGAGCUUACGCCCCCCCCUGUUCUGCGCGUGAAAUCUUGCUGCAGCCAUCUUACAUACAAUGUCGAUGCCGAGACGAUUGUAGAGGGGGUGAAAGGCUUGUUUGAACGGAUCAUUAGGGGAGAGGUGCCGAGUAGUGGGAAGGAGGUUCGGAGGGGCGUAGUUAUGGAGCUUUGGGUGGAGGAGGGAGGAGUGUUUAGUGUGUUGGCGCCGAGCAAGUUGGUUGAUGAGGCUAGGGAACAUUUUAAAUGA